GUACUGCACUGCUUGCUUAAGUCUUGCAGCUCUCAAGUCAUUAAGGUCUCCAAAUAUUUCAAUGCAAGCUGCUUCAACAUCUGACGAUGGCAGAUCACGUACAAACUGACAGAUACUUUUAACUAAAGUUUCAGGAGGUACCUGCUAUAUUUAUAAAAAAGAUUUUAUUCAUUAAAAUAUUUAUGCAUUGACUUAAGAUAAUAUAAGGAAUCUUUAAAACUCACCUUCUUCUGAGUAAUUCCUAAACGUUUAUAAAAUUCAGUUAGACUCUGUUCAGAAAGAAUCGUGCCACCCAAUAAUGCAGCCAUUAGGCAAAGACGAUCUUGAGGAACAUCCAAAACUCGAGGUAAUUCAUGCACCAUGUACUCUUUUGUUUCCAAGGAGGACUAAAAUCGACAUAAUUUGAUUUAUUAUUUUAAAAACAGCUUAAGUACCAAUGAUAUAUGUACUUUAAAGUAUUGUAGUAAGUGUAUAUGGCAAAACAUAAACCAGGGGUGCUCAAACGGUCGAUCGCGAUCGACGUCGCUCGCAAGUGCUUUUUGAUUAGAUCUCGAGAUUUUUUUUUUUUUAAUAAGUAGGUACCUACUUAACUAAACUACAAAAAUUUAUUACGUAAUAAAAUAACACUCUGCUAGCGGGAAAAGGCGGCUUUAUCAAAGGAACGCGCGGUACUUGUCAAAGAAAAGCCGCGUUUUUUAUUCUUGCCGCUUUUCGAAAAAAAUCUGGCGGCGCGUUUGACGGGAACAUUCGAGACUUACGUUCACGCCGAUAUAAAUGUUGCGCCUGCAGGAUUUGGAGUCAUUCUGAAUUGUAACUUGAAGGCAAUACUACGUCGAUACAAAGUUUAUUAUUAAAUAGUACAAAAUGAGUGCAGCGAAUAAAUCUAAAACGUAUCAUUUUAAAAAAGAUUGGGAGGAAGAAUUUUUUUUUAUAUGGUGAAGGAUAAGUCUUGUCGAUUUAUGUCUGAUGAAUGAAUGGUUUUAUUUAAAUUUGUUGAUUGUGUAGUCGUACCUGCGGGUCUCGAUGGCGAACGGCAGUGUCCGGGAAAACCAAUACUGGUUUUUGAGACACUGUUAUAAACUUAAGAUUAUAAUGUAUUUCUUUUAAUAUAUAAUAAAAAAAAAGAACAAACCAUGUUCACAAGACCAGCCAAACAAUCAAAAGUUGCUACGAUCGCGUCAUUUAAAAUAUCUCAUACAUUGGCAAAACAUAAGAAACCGGUUCGGUUGUGAAGGAAGCAUUUAUUGAAGCGGGUGAGACUUUAUUUGGAAAUUUUAAAAAUAAAACAGAAAUCAUGUCUGCUAUUAGAGAACUUCAGUUAUCUCGUCCGACUGUCACAAGGCGUAUUGAAGUCACGAGUCAGGACAUGGCAGAUAAACUAAAACAUGAUAUCGUGGAAUGUACAUACUUUUCUUUACAGUUAGACGAAUCCACCGAUAUGACAGACAAUCAACAAGUUUUGUGUUCAAAAGUUUUAAACACGGGGGAAAUUAUGGGCACUGCAACAAAAAUUGUGAAUUCCAUCCGUGCACGUAGCUUGCAACGGCGGCUCUUUAAGUUGCAGUUGGAAGAUAGGGAGUCACCUGAACACACUGAUUUAGUUCUUCACACGGACGUCAGGUGGUUGAGUCGCGGAAAAAUUCUAGAAAGGUUUUAAGAAUUAGUGCCCGAAUUAACAGCUUUUCUAGACGAAAGAGGUGACGACACUCAGAUUUUGAAAAACGAAAAAUGGCUGACAGAUUUGGCAUUUUUGACUGACAUCACAAUGCACUUAAACACCAUUAACUUGGAGCUUCAAGGUAAAGGAAAAACUAUUAUUGAGAUGAUUAGCGCAGUAAACGCAUUUAAAAGUAAAUUGCAACUUAUGAUAGAUUAACUGAAAAGAAAGGGUCUGAAACAUUUUCCGUCUUUGAAAGCAAGGAUUCCUCAGUUGAAUUAUGAUACGUAUGAGGCUGAAUUAUCAAAUAUUUUGGGACAAUUCGAAAUGCGUUUUUAUGAUUGCAGUAAAUUGGCAUAUAUAGCAUCAUUUAUGUGUUAUCCUUUUUCAUGUAAAAACAUUGAUAAUAAUAAACUGAAAUAGCAAGUCAGUUUAAUAUAAACUCAUGUUCUGUUGAAAAUGAGUUGGUGCAGAUUAUAUCAGAUAUACAUCUCAAAGCUUCUGAUUGGUGUAAGAUAAAUAUCCGAAUCUAAGGCAAAUCGCCCUUCAACUGACGGCAAUGUUCGGGUCAACUUAAUUAAAUGAAGAUAAUUAAGUCAAAAUAUCGCAAUCGA